AAUUUUUAAUAAGGGUUGAAAUUGAUUGUACACUCAAAUCUAGUUUAGCAGACUCGGAUAGAGAACAAGGCAACAAAAAUGGAAGACCAGGAAACUAACAUCACCCGACCAAAAGAGGAAGUUCUGAAGUUCAUCGGAGCAAUAUUAGCUAUUGUUUUUCCGCUUACGAGUGUCUACCUUUGUAAUAAGGGGUAUGAUGAUGUGGCAAAGAAGGAGAUGUGUGUUGAAAUUAUUUUGAUUAUCUGUCACCUGUCUGCGACUGUUCUGAUAGCACUCCUUAAAUAUUUCCAUAAAAAUGUUAACGACUGUUAUAAUCAACAAGGGAUAACAUUUUUAAAACUCAAAUUAAUUUCGAUGUAUACUUUUGGAGCGUGUUACUUUCUUCAUUGUGUGUUAUACAUUUGGAAGCACGUUGUUCAAAGUAAUGGACAAAAGGCAAUUGGUGUAGCGAGCUAUCUUAUAACUUCUUUGAAUAUAUGUAUUCUCUUUAUUUACUUUGAUGUCUCUAUCGAACGAAAAUACCUGUACAAAUUUCGCAACACCUGUUUAUCACUUGGAGCAAUUCUUUUUAUGAAUAUUGGAAGUGUGUCCAACGCACUUUCGUCUGGAUUUCUGUUUGUGACUCAUAUGGAUAACAAUACUGCAAAUAAUUAUAUUGUAAGUAGUAAUACUUCAAUUUCAUCAGACGUCACCAGGCUGAUGAAAGCUUUAGAGAUAACAGAACCAUUAUUGUCAUCUGCCAUUGUGGGAUAUUCAUUAUUGACAAUGGAUUUGCUGUGUCCAAAUGCUUGUGAUCAUGAUGCCCUUCCAAAUUCAGACAACCAAAUGCAAACAAGUGGUUCAUGUGUAACUGAUCAUAAUUAUUUAAAUAACCAAAAUAUUGAAAUAUGUGGAAUAUUGUUUCAACUAGCCGUUUUUCUUGCAUCUGUUUGGCUGUUUGCUAUAACAUUUACAGGUCUUUUAACGGGUUAUUCAGUCGCAGAUUUGAAAGUAUACGUUACUUCUCAUAUUAUCAUGAAGUCAUUUAUUUUCAUAAUUUUUAUAAUCAUAAUUGGUGUAGGAACAAAAUAUAAAUUCUGUGAGGAAUCUAUACCAAUUUCCUCAAAUUCUAGCAUAAGAUAUCAUUUCAAUAUUUGGAUAUUUAUAUUGAUACUUGCCUUUAUAGGUAACCUUUGUUAUCAUGUAAAAUGUCUGACUCGUACAGCUCAUCUACAAGAUACCAAAGUAAAAGAUUAUGUUAUCUUUGAUAACAUUAUUAGCAUAAUUAUAGGUAUCUCCCAAACACUUUUCAUAUUAAGAACCUAUUUUGGUAAGAAGUUUGAAAAUUCUAUUGAUUUGUCAAAGAGAAGAGAGUCCGUUAAAUGGCUCUAUAAUGAUGGCUUGUACUUUGCAUGCUCUCUUUUAGCCAUAAUAAAUAUGGGUCUAUGGAUCAGCGAUAGCAUUGGGAAUGACAGGCUUAUUUACAAACCAGACGGCAAUCUCUUCUAUAAAAUCGGUCUAUUGCUAACAACUUUUUUUCGUUUUCAAAUCGGUUUGGAGUUUUUAAAAUUGUAUUGGUGCAAUGGAACAUUAAAAAGUAAUUCGAUAGAGCUACAUCAAUGA